AUGAUAAAUAUAACGAGAUCUACUACUAUUACCUCUGUCAUUGGUAGAAAAUUAAUUUUAAAUAAUGUAUAUAGUAACAGUAGUGGUUAUUGUAUCAAUGGUUAUUUUGGUGUGAGAAAUUAUAGUACAGAUGGACAAAAAGGAGGAAAUAGUCAAUCAAAAUUCGAACCUUCAGAUUAUUUUAAAUCACUAUAUGAUUUAUCAGGUGAACAAUUAAAAGCUCAUGCAGAAUCUACAGGUGCAAAAUUGGAACAAGGAAAACAAAAAGAUACAAACUAUUCGAAUAUGUCGUUCGUCGACAAGUUGAGAAUCAAGGCAAAGGCAGGUGACGGUGGUUCUGGAAGUGUUCACUUCUUUCGUGCUAAAUAUAUACCGGAGGGUCCACCCGAUGGUGGAAAUGGAGGUGAUGGUGCGUCAGUUAUUGUGCGUGCCAAUAUGAACGACAACAAUCUUUCUCAUCUCUCUCGUAACUAUGUCGGUGAGAACGGCGAGAAAGGAAAGGGUGGAAAAAAGACAGGAAAGAAAGGAGAGGAUAUCAUUCUAUCGGUUCCACCUGGAACCAUCAUCAAAGAGGUGGAAUUCUACUAUGAAGGCGAUGAGGAGUUGGGUGAUGAUGCCUCGACGAGACCUACAACCAUUGAUCCAAGACUAGACAAUACAUCGGAUCAAUUCGAUGCCGAUUACUACUUGAAGUCGUUGAACAGUCCGUUUAUCGAUGGAAAGACAGACCAACAGUUGUUCUCAGAGGCAGCAAUGGGUAUGUCUGAUGAUAAUUCUAAGAAAAAGAAACUCUGGAGAGAAGUUCAAGUGUUGGCCGAUAUGAAUGAACCAGGACAAGAGUUGGUUCUACUACAAGGUGGAAAAGGUGGAAAAGGUAAUUUUAAUUUUGCAACUGGAAGCAAUCGUUCACCAAACUAUGCUCAGAGCGGAACACCUGGUGAGCAAAAAUAUUUGGAAUUCGAACUGAAGAUCAUUGCCGACAUUGGAUUGGUUGGUUAUCCCAAUGCAGGAAAGUCAACGCUGUUAUCACGUGUAUCCAAUGCCAUACCGAAAAUCAGAAACUAUCCGUUCACAACACUCCGUCCCUACGUUGGAGUAGUAGAUUUAAAUACAGAGGCUGAACACAAGCCAGUGAAACUAUCGAAACGACCAAGAAAAGUAGUCGAGGAUCAUCUUAAUACGACGACCUUGGCGGAUCUGCCCGGAAUCUUGGAGGGUGCACAUCUCAACAUUGGUCUGGGUCUCGAUUUCCUCAGACACAUCGAGAGAACCAAAGUACUUUGCUUCGUUAUUGACAUGUCGAAUGAAGGUGUUCCUGCGAUUUGGGAUGGUAAGAAGCUGCGCGUGAGACCGAAUCGCUAUGCCAAGUACAGAGAUGACGAAUCAUCGCUGAAACGAGUCACUGAAACCAUUCGUAAUCGUUCAAGAGAAAUAGAAAAGCGGACACCUUGGAACGAUUACAUAACAUUGGUGGAAGAGUUGGAAUCAUACUCUGAAGGUCUCUCUGAUAAACCAUCGGUUAUCAUUGCCAACAAAAUGGAUCAACCAUAUGCACAAGAUCAUUUAGAGGAAUUCAAGAAAUUACUCAGUCAUAUCAUCAAACCAUCGACCGUAAUCCUACCGAUAAGCUCAACCGAGUCUGAUCAAUCAUUUACAGAACUAAAGAAAGCCUUUAAACAAUUAGUUAAAAGUGUAAAUUAA